GGCUUCACUCCUCUCACUUAGGCUCUUUUUCUACUUUUUGAUUCCUUGGUUGUGGCUUUUUUAAAACCGUGAAUUAUUGUAAUGGGAAGUUUCCCUGAAUAGCACGAAUCAGUGAUUCUCCCUUAGCAGCUGCUCCAUCUGCCCAGUACCUGCUCAUCAAUCCCCUCCCUUGCCGUGCUGAGCUGUAGUUGCUGCUGCUGUUGUGGCACUUGGAUUUCAAAUUUGCCAUCUUUGUGCCCACUGUGCCAAACCUGAGCUCCACUGUGGUCAGAAAUGGUCCAGGAAAUCCUGGUGCCGCAUGGUUUAAACUCAGCGUGCGUGGUUUGGUGGGGAGUGAAGGACAAUGGGCCCUUUCAGCUGCAGUGAACUCGUGUCUCAGCAUGGUGUUAGAUGGGACCAGACCACAGCUGCUAUCUUCACGUUUCUCUUAGAAACUCUUGGGAGUUUGACAGCUCCCACAGCAACUCCUGUGAGACAGAUCCUGCAGAUAUGGCAAGAGAUUUACCUGCUCAGGGAGACGCAGGACAAGUGCUGUGCAAGUGCAGGUGGCUACUUGUGCUGCUGCCUGACCACAGGACGGGCUGGUGCUGUUUGCCUGGUGUGACUCCUCUGCUCCAGUCGUUACUGACAGAUGUUAAUCAUGCUGUUUAACGCAGUUAUGGGCAGCAGUAAGGCGUUGCGGUAAUGGGAACUGCACAAUAACCUUGCCUAGAAUAGAACAGAGCAGAACAAUGGCUCAUUUCUCUUUGCAGGCACAUCUUUUUCUAUUCAGAGCUCAUUAGCCCCUGUGUCCGGCUGCAUUCCACUCCAGAGAUGUAACGUCUGCUCAACUGCAAAGAAUUUACCAGGACUGCUGCAGUAGUUCUUGGGGUUGGCACUGCUCUGAUCCAGAGGUUCCUAUGAAGAAAACCAUCAGCGGUGAUGCUACAGGACAGGUCUCACAUGAGGGGCCACCAUAUGGAGGGCAGCUCUCCGCUUCUGUAGCUGAUGGGUGAGGACAACACGUUGUUAAAAGGAGCUAUCAAGAGCUGACAGGAUGAGUUACAGUUCACCUUCUGUGCAUGACUUGUAUCACAGCACCACCACCACCACAGCCAGGCCAGACCCAGGGACAACUCUGGAUGUGACUGUACCAGAAACAGCUACUGUAAGCCCUGAGACUACCAGUUUCAACAGCACCAAAAUCCCAGAUGUGACCAGCACUGGACCCGGCCUGAGCACGAUGCUGCUGUCCUUUGGGAUCAUUACUGUGAUUGGGUUGGCCGUAGCUAUGGUUCUGUAUAUCAGGAAGAGGAAGAGGUUGGAGAAGCUACGGCACCAGCUCAUGCCCAUGUACAACUUUGAUCCCACUGAGGAACAGGAUGAACUGGAGCAGGAGCUGCUGGAACAUGGGCGAGAUGCAGCAUCUUCCCAGGCAUCACAGAGCAAGAUUCUGCUGACAAGUCAAGGAGCCCUCCAGAGACCCAGCCGUCUCGUGUUCGCAGACGUUGCCAAUGCCAUCAAUGCAUGAACAGUACCUGCCCUGCUCUGGGAUCGUGCUGAGACUGGGGAGGAUGAAGCCAACAAAGCAGUGACUUCCCACGAGCAUGGCCAGUCCACUGAGCCCAGCUGGUCACCCCUUUGGUUUGUGUUACAAAUGGCCACAAGCACUGGGAUCUGGUCACUUUGGGAAGCAAACCCUGUGUGAUGGCACCGGUGGGUUUUUGGUGUGUGUUAUCACUAAAAGGUCCUGAGCUCCAGUUUCUGGGCUGGUGCUGGCUGAUACCAUCUACCAAGCUGCGUGCUCAGGAACAGCGCCUGCUUUGUUGUAGGUUAACUUGUCAGAGCACAUGGGUGCACUUUCUGGGUCAGGGAAGGAGGAGAGGUGCACGUUUCAGAGAGUUUCCCUGUUGGUUUUGUGCCACCAGACCCCGAGGAAAGCGAUGAAUGAGCCUCUCUGUACAGUGAGCACAGCUUUGGCAGAUCCUGGAGGGGUGGCAAAGCCCUUUGAGCAAGGAGAGCUGACUCCCCUGGCUGAGUGCAAUCUGAGGCACGCCACAGACAACACAUACCAUGGGCUUAUCCCCCUUGUGGCCUGUGGGCUGCUGAUAAAUGUGCACCCAGAGUGAUGUAGUAUGGGGAAGUCACUAGCUUUAAACAUUGAAAUGGUGAAGAUUUGGCUGAUUACAUCUUUAACUGAGGACAUGGCGGAAUAUCCCAAACUAGAGCUGCCAUAGAGAGGAGAAUUCCCAGAGCUAGGCUAGAGGCAGGGGUGUCAGUGACUGUCUACGUGACUUGCUGCUACUGAUCUAGAAAUAAUGGUACUUGGGCCACAGAGAGGAGUUGAAUAGAACUGCGGUUCCAGUGCCACGCAUCCCCCUCCUGCUUUGGCUCAGGAAAGUUCUGAUGGUGCAGAGCAAUAUCCAGGAAGAAGAUUAAGCCCUGAAAUAUUUUCUGUUAGAUAAGGAAAAGCAUGUAUUGACCCAGCAUCACAACAGCCCCAUGUCUGCCCCAGAGGUGACUGAACAACCGCUUCAUCCUUCCUUACCUGCCAGGACCUGCAGCCAGAGCCCUCUCUUCUCCCUGCUGAAGGAAACAGAGAGUUGUGUU